GUGGCCGUGGGUGUUCCGCUCGCUGGCGUCCGGGCUGAGAAACUUGUCCCAGAUGAGUCGGGCCGAUUUGCCUUGAGGACGUGACAACAAGGGAGGUGUCAGAGUGUGCCACUUAGGUCAACAGCGGCAAAUUCUUGGCAUGGAGAAUUCAGAGAAGACAGAAGUGGUUCUCCUUGCUUGUGGUUCCUUUAAUCCUAUCACCAACAUGCACCUCAGGCUGUUCGAGCUGGCCAAGGACUACAUGAAUGGGACAGGAAAAUAUAAAGUUAUCAAGGGCAUAAUUUCUCCUGUUGGCGAUGCAUAUAAGAAGAAAGGGCUCAUCUCCGCACAUCACCGAGUUAUCAUGGCAGAACUGGCCACCAAGAAUGCCGGCUGGGUGGAAGUCGACAGCUGGGAGAGUCUGCAGAAGGAGUGGACAGAGACUGCUAAGGUGUUAAGACACCAUCAAGAAAAGCUGGAGGCGGGGAGCUGUGACCACCGGCAGGACUCACCUGUGCUGGAGAGGCCUGGGCAGAAGAGGAAGUGGCGUGAACAAAGAUCAGAAGUUAGUCCGAAAAAAUCCCCAGAGCCCAAAGCAAAAGGUGUGCCAAAGGUGAAGCUGCUGUGCGGGGCAGAUAUCCUGGAGUCCUUUCACGUCCCCAAUCUGUGGAAGAGUGAGGACAUCGCCAAAAUCGUGGGGGACUACGGGCUCGUAUGUGUUACCCGGGUGGGAAACGAUGCUCAGAAAUUCGUCUAUGAGUCCGACAUGCUGUGGGAACACCAGGCCAACAUUCACGUGGUGAAUGAAUGGAUCACCAAUGACAUCUCUUCCACCAAGAUCCGGCGAGCCCUCCGAAGGGGCCAGAGCAUCCGCUACUUGGUACCAGACCUUGUCAGGGAAUAUAUUGAAAAGCAUAAUUUGUAUAGUUCCAAGAGUGAAGAGCAGAAUGUCGGGGUUAUCCUGGCUCCUUUGCAGAGAAACACCGGAGACACUAACUCCAGAAACACAACAGCCUGAAGCUGCAGACUUCCCUUUUGGGGAUUUGAAACAGUAUGGGAGUCAGUAACUGGGGAAAAGACCUGUAAUCCUGUUUCAUAAACUAAAGCUGAAAAGUUUGGUAAAAGUAGUAAAUGAAAGUCAGGGUUUUUUUUCCUCUUUUUAUCAGAAGUUGCUAAGAUGAAUGAAUGUUUCGGUAUUAGGGUCUCUUUUUCUUUUUUUCUCUAAAAUGUACUAAUCCUUUUAUCCUUAAGUCAUGAGAUUAGCAGCACUAAAACUGGAAGACUGUUUAAUUACACUAACUAUAAAUAAGAAAUCACAAAGGACAUCCCGGCUUUGUCACAUAAGAGGAGCAAAGCAGGACAACAAGAGCCCAUGAAAACCCUAACGUGAGUCGUGACAGGAGCGAACAGUCAUGCAUUCUCGUUCCGAGCAGUGUGCGCCCAGCAUGGCCACGGCAGUAAUUCUUAAGAUGGCCAUCGUGCAGGAUACGCUGCCGCUCAGUCCUCUCCAGCCGCACAGAGACAGUCUGUCAAUGUGCCUGGCAGGAACCUGAGGCCAACAGUUCGUUCUUUCUGGCACGUUAGAACGGCUGGUUCAGUUUUGUCAGGAUACACACCUACCUCAAGCUCCACCUUCGGAGGCGGGGAGUGGGGUCCCAGCCCAGAAUGUUUAGAAUGGCACACUGGCCGGUAUCUCCUAUGCCCACCAGCGGGGAGAUGCCCAGCCCUGUGGCAGCUCAUGUCCUGACCCUGGCCCUCUGCCAUCAUUUUUGUCUUCAGGAGCCACUUCAAAGAUGAUGUCACAGUACCUGGAACAGAGAGAACCCCAGAGGAUGAGAUGUCUUGUUCAAGAAUUUUAUCGUCAGUGCUCUAAGCCUUUAUUGAUAGCCUAACCACACAGAGACCCUAAAAACAGGAGAGAUGGCCCGCAGGGUCAGCCCAGCAGUUUCAGCUCAGGGUCCUGGGUGCUGGUGAGUGGCACGCAGACACUCUCAUCUCUGGCCAAACCCUGGGUCUCUGAAGAGCCUCGCCGGGUCUGUUCCAGCCCACUGGGAAUCGGCCUUUUGUGAAUUUUAACAGAAAAGGGGCCUUUUAAAAAACACUUUCUCUUUUUGCCCUUUUGUAUGGACAUUAACCAAAGUAGAAUUCCCAAAUAAUUAAGUUAUAGCUUUAUAUUAAAAAUACAAGCUUGUUAUAGGGUCAGAUACUGAUUAAAAUGUUGUGGAAGUUUUACUGAUUGGUCAAGCAAAAAGACCAGAAAUAGCUUUUUAUAGAAUAGUUGUAUGGUUUAUGAAAAUUGUUCUGUAAUAGAAACAAGACUAAAUUUAAAAUUUUAAUGAAAAUAGAAUACCUUUUGCAACUUAAAUUUCAUGCCUACACCACUCUAGAUAAAGGAUGUAUAACUGUGUAAGAAAAAAAUACUUAAAAUUGUGCAGUUGUGUAAUCAGAUCUGAAUCCACAGUUUACAAAAGGAAAAUGUUAAAUAAAAUGAGCAAAUGUACAUUCUAGAGCUCCUGACAUUAUUGCUAAU